AUCCAAAACUAAGUCAAAUAACACAACUUCAUACACACUCUACACGCCACAUACAUCUCAUAACCAUGGGUGGAUUCUCCAUGGCCACCGCAAGGGUCACCAGGUUUCUGCCCAGCCACCACCUCCACGACCACCGUGACACUUGUGUCCCUGAUGUUGAAUUCGAAUUUCUCCACGAUGGAGAAACGUUGUUGGCUCAGAGUGCCUGCAGCGAGGACUGUCAUAAUACCAACGAAAUCGAGUUCGACCAAGAUGAGGAUCGACCAGACACCGUGGAACAAAACAGAACCUUCUGGGACAACCAACACCAGAUUUUGCAGGCGAAUGUGUACAGAACGAGUUCUUUGGAAUCAGGGAUAAGAAAUGCGACGAAAGAAGCGCUUCAGAACAUACAAAGCGUGGAAACGGUGUGCGGAUGCGGCAGACAGAUACCUCUCACCUCUUGCAGAAACUGCUUGAUGAGAGAAGUUUCUGGGCGGCUUCAGAAAGCAGGCUAUAACAGUGCUGUCUGCAAAACAAAAUGGAGAAGCUCACCAGAAAUUCCAUCAGGUGAACACAGUUUUUUGGAUGUAGUAGAGAACACAAAGAGGGGGGAGAUGAGGGUGAUCGUGGAGCUGAAUUUCAGAGGAGAGUUUGAGAUAGCAAGGGGAAGUGAAGAGUAUAACAGACUUGUUGGGAAGCUACCAGAGGUGUUUGUGGGGAAGGUGGAGAGAUUGAGCAACCUGAUAAAGGUUCUGUGUGUGGCAGGGAAAAGGUGUAUGAAGGAGAAGAAAAUGCACAUGGGGCCAUGGAGGAAGCAUAGGUACAUGCAAGCAAAAUGGUUAGGUCCAUGUGACAGGAACACUUCCACAACCUCACUCUCAAUGGGAUAUUCUCAGAGAAUACCAAUUUCGAUGCCAAAACCAAAGCAAAAGGCAUCUUUGUUAACUGUUGAUCUGCUAGACAAACUUCCUAAUAUGCACUGCACUGCUGUUGAGGUUGUGUAAUUUGUAAAGAGAGAGAACACUAGUUUAAUUUCUUCUUCUUCUUCUUCUUCUUCUUGUUUAAUUUUGUUAUUGAUUCUCGCACCCUUUCCUUGGUGAAUAUAAAUGAGUGAUUGGUAAAUGUACGAUACACAUGUACAUCGAAAUAAAUUGUGGAAAUGAGUGUGCAUUUCAAAGCUACUCUUGCAGUUCA